GUCAUUUCCGGUAGCACUGAGAGCAUCAGCAUCGUUAGCCUGCGGUGUGUUUUUGGAUUAGCGUAAGAUUAAUGUUUAUCGGUCGAAUCACAUUUGAAACGGAUUUUUGUGACCAACCUACCUUAAUAGUAUGAACCAGUCACAGCUGAGCAUCCAGGCGGCGGGUCCCACGUAACGUCAGGGCCCGUGUUGAUUGGUCCGCGUCCGACAAACGUCAUUCACCAACCAGUGUGACUGUAGCAGCUGUGCUGCAGUCUGCCGGUGGAUAACUCGGCUAGCUGAUAACUAUGAGCGUAACAGCACUGUGAGAGGACAAGGAGCUGCUGCUGCUGGGACAGGGCACGAACUCAGGACAGAAGCGAGGAAGGAGGAGAGUAGAGGAAAUUAAGAGUGCAGCAGAUUGAUGAGACACCAGGUGAAGGUGAAGAAGAGAGACCAGCAAUAAUGCCACAGCCCAGAAUGAUGCUGGUGGUGACAGGAGAUGAUUUUGGCUACUGUCCCAGGAGGAACCAGGGGAUUGUGGAUUGCUUCCAGGCUGGAGGCAUCUCCAAUGUCUCGUUGCUGGUUAAUGGCUCAGCUGCAAAACAGGCGGCAGAUCUGGCUAAAAGACACAACAUUCCCAUUGGCUUGCAUGCCAACCUGUCUGAAGGCAUACCAGUGUGUCAGAGCCUCCAGCAGUCCUCCACGCUCAUAAACCAGCAUGGCUUCUUCCAUGGGAAGAUGGGCUUUCGUCAGGCAUUGAAGAGAGGAGAAGUCAGCAUGAAACAGGUGGAGCUGGAGUUGAGGGCCCAGGUCGGGCUUUUCGUGGAGCUGAAUGGUCACCUACCCGAGCACAUGGACGGACACCAACAUGUUCAUGUCCUCCCAGAGGUCCGUGAAGUGUUUGCAAAGGUUGUCUCAGAUCUCAGGAUCCCCUACACUCGUGUUCCCGUGGAGCCCGGUCUAUACAGCUGCCCGUGGAUGCCAGCACACCUGCACAAAUUCUACAAGCAGGUGGAGAAGGAUGCUCUGGAUGCCAUCCCAGUUUUCAGACGCCAUGGAAUCAGGUGGCCAGAUGUGUACCUGGGACUGACCACCAUGGGGCAGAACAUGUCCAUCCCAAGCCUGCACAGGGCCCUCAGCUAUGCCUUGGCUGCGGACCCUUCAUCCUCUACCUCCAGCUCUGUACAGGGUUCACAUCAGCCUGUGGUCACAGCUGAGCUCAUGGUCCACCCGGGGUACCCCAGUCACCCCAAGGAGGGAGGCUGUGGAGAGGGCCCCGAUGACUUCUCCCAGUCUGCUGACAGGCAGCACGAGCUGAGUGUUCUCAAAGAUCCAUCUGUGCUGGCUCUCUAUUGCCAAGAGAGAGUGCAGCUCUGUGCCUUCAGAGACCUGUGACUGCUGUCAGCUUCCAAAUGUUACUCAGUUACCACUGAUAGUGGUAGUAACACGACUUUAUGCUGCCCUGAGACUCUGAUCAAAUGAGCUCUUAGCAGCCUUUAAUGAGUGGGACUGUCCAUGACCGGGCUCUGAGUCUAGUGUGGGCUUGGCUGUAACAGCAGCACAUGAUACACUGUGUAGAAAUGUCUAAUGAAGGCACAGUGUUCACUGCAACACUGUUUUAAAAUGGUAACUAAUAAAUCAUUUUACUACAAUAAUUAGCAACAUUUGCUCAGAACUCUCAUCAUAAAUCUGUUGUUUGGUAGUUUUCAGUCUGGCACAUUAUAGAAUAAAGGUGGAGGAGAUGUAUGUGUGUUCGUGGCCCUGGUUUCCACCUGCUUCACUGGAGCAGGGAUACUUUUGAACUAUCUCAGGUCUGGAUGUGUGGAACUACAGAGAGCUUUAGUGGUAUUUAUAGAUGUUUUCUUUGUAUUUCAAAGCUUAUAUUUUCAGUUUAUGUUGAAACAGUUUUAUGUGUGCUAUAAUCAAACAUCAGAACUGAACAGCUUUGGGGAAUAAAUGAUGGUAAACUUUUUUUUCUUUGUUGUUUCUUUCAAACCACUUGCAGAGUAAACCCGAUCACCAACAACAAAUGCCUUAAUUAUCUUAAAGUGCCAGUUUUUGACUUACUACAUCCAUCUGUGGGAAGCUGCACAAAAUCCAAAUAAAGACAGAUGCUGUGUU